AUAUCUGUUAACGAACGACUUUCGACGUCGGCAAGGAUUUCUAUAAUUUAAUCUUUUUAAUUAAAAAAAUCCAAUUGCUUCAAGUGAAUAUUUGUAAGCUUUUGAGAAAUGAUAUUUUUUUAAUGGACUGUUUGUUAAGUCGUAUUUAAACAAGUUUUGUUUCUUCAAAGGAAGGAUAUAUUUACUUGGAACUGUACUUUUUACGCAUUAUCGCUCAACUGAGGACAUGCGUUUUACAAGGAUACUGCACCGGUCAAACCUAUACUAUUUACGUAAAAGAACAUGGAAAAAACAGGCGAAAAUUGAAAUUCCUCCACUUGUUAUACCUCCUGCAUGGAAGAAUAAAAAUGUAGAAGAUCCAAAUGAAUGGUUCGUAAAAAAGGAACCAGAGUGGAUACCCUCUGUAAAAGAUGAUCCUAGAUUUUCCUCGCCUCCUUUAGAUCCCGAUUAUCACGAGAACGAAAUAAUGUAUGAAUUUAAUAAUAGCACAAAAAUCCUUGAAGGCUAGUUUAAAGUUUUGUUUUUUUUUUCCAUUAAAUAUCAUCAUUAAUAAAAAUUGUACUGAUUAGGAGAGGCACAAGCUUUAAUUCUUACAAAAUCACAAAGGAACGAGGGUAUGCCGGAACCUGUAACAAGAGCAAAAGGAUUAAUAACUAUUCCCGAUCAGGACAAGCUAAUGCAAAGAUAUAUUAUGCAAUCCCAUUGGUGGGAUCCGACUAAAGAAAAGUUGGCUAAAAGAAAGACGGAUCUCGUUUUAUGGAGAUAUAAAGCUGAAUUUGGAAUUCCCCCUGAAAAGAUGACGUCUAUAUUUUUACGUAAUUUGGUAAGACUAUUAAAUCUAAGUGGAAGUGAACAUAAACAAUUUAUUGACGAACGAAGAACUACCUAUCAACACCAUGUUUCAGCUCAGUAUCCAUUUCAAGAUAAUACUAUUUGGACUAGGUUUGUGUCCGAAGUUGCUGUUAGCGGAGAGGAUCCUUUACCGAGAUUUACGUCAUCGGAAAAUGUACACAAGACUAUUGAUGAUAAAUUACCAGAUAUUUAUCCUAUAUCACCAAUGGUUGACUUAAAACGUCAACAUAUUUGGAGAAUUGAGAACAAUACGGGAUGGAUAUCAAACUUUAAUUAUCAAGCUCCUCAUAUUAUUUUUAUUAACAAUAAUAAUAAAGGAAUAUAUGAGCAUACUGACUCGUGGAAAAUUGGUCAGAACAAUGCAAGAGCUUUGAUGACUUGUAUGGCUCACGCAACAGCUUUCGCCAAGUUUCAAUACGGAACGGACGUAAAGAUUUUACCCCAGCCGAUAUGCGUUCAAGCCGUACAUUCGGAUAGCGUCAAUCUAAAUUUCGUCUUCUUUCAGUUAAAUACUUUAGAUUUAACAUCAGUCGAAACGGGAAUAAAAAAUCAAGUCUGGUUUGAUUCCAAUAAUGCAUUAAUCGAAAGGCACGAACCGAAAAGAUCCAUGCUUCGGAAUACAAGACUGCUUAACUACGAUCCAGAAGUUCUUAGAAAAAUGUUGGCUGUCUAUGCAUAUGGAAUGUUAGAUGGAAGUGAAAAGUCAAGAAUUGCCUCAAAAAACUAAAAGACCUAUUGUAUUGUUUGUUUGAAUUAUAUAGAAGAGAGAGAGAGAGAGAGAGAGAGAAUAGAAGUAAUGGUACAUUUUUUUUGUAUUAAGUUUGAAAUAUAUACAUACAACAAGAA